AUGGAGUAUGUUUAUAGACUUCUACGUCCUGAGGAAAAUUAUGAAAACGGUAUCAGAGCAAAAAAUCCGAAUUCUUCAACGUCUGUUUUCCGACACGUCCUUGGCGGAAGUUGGGGUCCUACAUCAAAGUACAUUUCAACAUGCGGAAGUUUGCAGGCCCUCAGGGAUUUUGCAUCAAAAUCAAGGAGGCCAGGGGAAAUUAUCAAAAUAAAAAUAGAUAUGCUGCCGGAAAAUGUUGAAAUAAUAGAUCUCCGAGACUACCUCAAAAGGAUGGAAUACAUUGAACACACUAAUGACGAAGAUGAAAUUAGGAAGUUCAAUAACUUUGCAAACAAAUUUGAGGAAGUACUUUUGGCAGGUUGUAUUCCAGCUAGCUGCAUUGAGCUUGUUUAA